AUGAACCGUGAAGACCGGAAUGUGCUGCGUAUGAAAGAAAGGGAAAGGCGAAAUCAAGAAAUUCAACAGGGUGAAGAAGCCUUUCCACCUAACUCUCCUCUCUUUGCUGAACCAUACAAAGUUACAAGCAAAGAAGACAAAUUGUCUAGUCGUAUUCAGAGCAUGCUUGGUAAUUAUGAUGAAAUGAAGGAUCUUAUAGGAGACAGAUCGCUACAAAAGCUUGUUGGAAUUCCCAAACCAACCGUACCAUCAACACCAGAUGAAAAAUCGAACCAAAGUUUCUUUGGUGAUCAGAGACAUAAUACUAGCUCGCAUCAGAGCAGCAAAUGGACUCCUGUAGGACCAGCACCUAGCACUUCCUCGCAAUCUCAGAAACGGUCCUCGGGUUUACAGAGCGGACACAGUAGUCAGCGUGGCAGUGGCAAUAACACUAGCAGUAGUGGCCAGAGGCACGACCGUGACUCAUACAGUAGCAGCAGCAGCCGCAAAAAAAGCCAGCAUGGGUCUGAACACUCCAAACCUCGUUCUUCCAGCCCUGGAAAACCAUCUGCUGUUUCUUCGUUGAGCUCCAGCCAUUCGAGAUCUCAUGGAAAUGAUCACCACAGCAAAGAACAUCAACGUUCAAAAUCUCCCCGGGACCCUGAUGCCAACUGGGACUCUCCCUCCCGUGUACCCUCAUUUUCAAGUGGACAACACUCUAAUCAGUCUUUUCCACCUUCACUAAUGUCCAAGUCCAGUUCAAUGUUACAGAAACCCACUGCGUACGUGAGGCCAAUGGAUGGACAGGAAUCCAUGGAACCAAAGUUAUCAUCCGAACACUACAGUAGUCAGACUCACAGCAGCAGCGUGAAUGAGCUGAAGCCUAGCAGCAAAGCACAUCUAACCAAGCUGAAAAUACCUUCCCAACCGCUAGAUGCAUCAGCAUCUGGUGAUGUGAGCUGCGUGGAUGAAAUUCUAAAAGAGAUGACCCAUUCUUGGCCUCCUCCGUUGACUGCUAUCCAUACACCGUGCAAAACUGAACCGUCAAAAUUUCCUUUUCCAACAAAGGAGUCUCAACAGUCCAGUUUUGGCACUGGAGAACAGAAACGAUAUAAUCCUUCAUCAAAAACAUCCAAUGGUCAUCAAUCCAAAUCUAUGUUGAAAGAUGACUUAAAACUUAGCAGUAGUGAAGACAGCGAUGGAGAGCAGGACUGCGAUAAGACAGUGCCAAGGAGCACACCUGGAAGUAAUUCUGAACCUUCGCAGCAUAACAGUGAAGGAGCAGAUAAUUCAAGGGAUGACUCGAGCAGCCAUAGUGGAUCAGAAAGCAGUUCGGGAUCUGACUCUGAAAGUGAAAGCAGUUCCAGUGAUAGUGAAGCUAAUGAACCAUCACAGAGUGCGUCCCCCGAGCCAGAGCCACCACCAACAAACAAAUGGCAACUGGAUAACUGGUUGAACAAAGUUAAUUCACAUAAAGUGUCACCAGCUUCUUCUGUGGACAGCAAUAUCCCAUCUUCCCAAGGCUACAAAAAAGAGGGACGGGAUCAGGGGACAGGGAGCGGGUACACUGAUCAAAGUGGAUCCAAGGAUUCAAUUUCUUCUACACCGGGGCGAGAUUCCAAACCCACCCAAAAGGGCUCGGAGAGCAGUCGCGGCAGGCAGAAAUCACCUGCCCAGAGUGACAGCUCAGCACAGAGGAGGACUGUAGGUAAAAAGCAGCCCAAGAAAACAGAAAAGACAUCUGUUGAAGAGCCUAGAGGAGGUCUUAAAAUAGAAAGUGAAACCCCAGUAGACAUGGCAACAAAUAUACCUUCAAACAGGCAUAAGGCAGCCACAAAAGGCUCCAGAAAACCCAAUAUAAAGAAAGAGCCCAAAUCUUCCCCUCGUCCUACCACAGAGAAAAAGAAAUACAAGGCUUCAAGCAAAUCUGCCCAGAAAUCCAGGGAAUUCAUAGAAACAGAUACCUCAUCCUCUGAUUCAGAUGAAAAUGAGAGCCUGCCUCCUUCAUCACAAACACCCAAAUACUCUGAGAGCAAUAGGACUCCUGUUAAAUCUUCCAUGGAGGAGGAUGACAGCUUUUUUCGGCAAAGAAUGUUCUCUCCUAUGGAAGAGAAAGAGCUUCUGUCACCACUCAGUGAUCCUGAUGAAAGGUACCCACUUAUUGUGAAGAUUGACCUGAGCCUCUUAUCAAGAAUACCAGGGAAGCCUUACAAGGAUGCUGACACACCCAAAGUGGAAAAGAAGAACGUGCCGGAGAAGCACGCAAGAGAAUCCCAGAAGCAGCCAUCCGACAAAAGUUCUACAAAAGGCAAAAGGAAACAUAAGCAGAAUGAGGAUGAAAACAGAGCCAGUGAAAGCAAGAAAACGAAACUGGAAGAAAAAGCUCCAUCAGGACACAAGACUUCUAGCAGUAGGGAGUCUUCAAAGCCAAGUGCUGUUAAAGAGAAGGAUUUGCUGCCGUCUCCUGCUGCCCCAGUCCUGCAGAAAGAUUCCAGGCAAGAGCAUGGGUCCCGGAAGAGGACAGUCAGUCAGUCGUCAUCCUUGAAGUCCAGCAGCAACCUUAGCAAGGAGAGUAGCAGUGGCAGUAAAAGCAGCUCAUCUUCUAAACAAAAGAAGACUGAGGGGAAGGGUUCUAGCAGUGCUAAAGAAACCAAGGAAAAGAUUCUGAACAAUGCAUCAAACUGCCCUCCUGCAUCUACUCCGUCUACAGAAAGUUCCAAGUCAAGAAGAGCAAAACUUGUUUUUGAUGAUAGGACUUACUCAGCUGAUCAUUAUUUACAGGAAGCAAAGAAGUUAAAACAUAAUGCAGAUGCAUUGUCUGACAGGUUUGAGAAGGCUGUGUACUACCUGGAUGCUGUAGUGUCGUUCAUUGAGUGUGGGAAUGCAUUGGAGAAAAAUGCUCAGGAAUCCAAGUCCCCGUUCCCUAUGUAUUCAGAAACUGUGGAAUUAAUCAAAUACACUAUGAAACUGAAGAAUUACUUGGCACCGGAUGCUACGGCUGCAGAUAAAAGGCUAGCAGUGCUUUGUCUUCGGUGUCAAUCUCUACUAUACCUAAGGCUUUUCAAACUGAAAAAGGAAAGUGCAUUGAAAUAUUCUAAAACUCUGACGGAACAUCUGAAGAAUUCCUAUAAUAAUUCUCAAGCACCAUCACCUGGUAUGGGGAGCAAGCCCGUCGGUAUGCCAUCUCCGGUCUCUCCAAAGCUGUCUCCGGGGAAUUCAGGAAAUUACUCUUCCGGGGCAGCCAACCCUUCAGGGAGCGGGUCUUCGGUGACGAUCCCCCAGAGGAUCCAUCAGAUGGCAGCCAGUUAUGUCCAAGUUACGUCCAACUUCCUCUAUGCCACUGAAAUUUGGGACCAAGCUGAACAGCUGUCUAAAGAACAGAAAGAGUUCUUUGCUGAACUGGAUAAAGUUAUGGGCCCUCUGAUUUUUAAUUCAAGCAUCAUGACAGACCUAGUGCGUUACACCCGUCAGGGAUUACACUGGUUGCGCCUGGAUGCCAAGUGAUAUUUUGAACUGAAGGAACGGAAAACCGAACACGUUUUUCUCGCUGCCUCUGAUUUAUCUCCACAACACUGUGUCAUGUCAAUAAGGAAGACUGCCAUAACACAUUGCUUAGUUGACACUAAGAGCAAGGAAUGCUUUCACAUGUCUCCCAUCCUCAUUUAUGUUUUGUGUUUUAACCCCAAAUCAUCCGGUUAAUGGACUUCUUCAGUAUUCCCAUUUUAAGUUAUUUAAAUAUUUUAAAAUUUGCUACAUAUAAAGGUGUAGUUUUGCUGAUCUAUCAUGGAUAGAUCAUUGGAAUUCCAGUCACAAUACAUAAAUAGUCAGUUUAAAUCCUAUUUAUUUUAAUUUUUUAAUUUUUGAAAAAGCCCAGUUUGGGGCAGUUUUUUAGCUAUUUCUUCCCUAAAUUUACCCUUUCAAGUACUUAGUGGAAAUUAAACAUAGACACUUUAUUUAAGUACUUUGUGAGCUUUGUUACUCUGUAAUGUCUUGUGGUGGUAGAGCCUGUAAAAGGAACUAGGGUUGAUAGGUUCUAACAUGUAGGGACACCAUACUUUUCAUGCCUAAUGCCUACGAGUCGACUAAUAAAUGAC